UGUGCCGCCUGGCUCACACCACCAUGGGACAGAGCUGCUCCUUCCUCCUGCUCCUCUUCCUCCUGGCCCUGUGGCCCAGGGCCACCGUGUCAUUCCUGCGGCACCGCUACACCUGCGGAGAGCUGGGAAUGCAGCUCCUGGUAUUCCCGUCCCACGGUCGCUCCGUCCGCUUCAAGGUCCUGGACGAGUUCGGGACCCGCUUUGACGUGGCCAACUGCUCCAUCUGCCUCCACCGGCUCAACUCCAGGGAGGAUGGAUCUGUUGUCUUCUUCUCCGGAUACAAGGGCUGCCACGUCCUGCUCCAGGAGAACCGCUACGUCCUGAGGGUGCAGCUGGAGGAGCUGCUUCCCAGCGGGAUCCUGCUCACCUCCUCUGAGGUCAACAUCACCUGCCCGAAGCCGGGUGGCUACGAGACGCUCCCGGAUGGCAUCCCGGAGCGGGGCCGGGAUAGCGGAAUCCUGGUCUCCCACGCUGGUCUCCAGCACCAUGUCUCCCAGUCCUCCCUCACCCUGGCAGGAUCCCAGCUCUCAUCCCACAUCCACUCGGAGCAGCUCGUGGCACAGAAUGAGCCCAGCUUGGUGCUUCCCGGGAUUCCGCCCCAGUCCAACCCAGUUCGCCCAGGGCUUCCAUCUGAGUCUACUGGGAUUCGUCCCAUCUCCAAUAUCCAGGGGGGCUUCAACCGCCCAGGAGUGCAGCUGCCCCACCACCCUGGGGGUCAGACUCAGCCAGGGCUUGGCCCAGGGCUUGUAUCCCAAAAUCCUCCCAGUUGGAGGCAUCCCGGGGGUCAAGCUUGGCCAGGCCUUCGCCCGGAGUUUGUAUCCCAAAACUCUCCCAGUUUGGUGAAUUCUGGGAGUCAGGCCCAGCCAGGGCUUCGCCCAGGGCUGGUAUCCCAAAACUCUCCCAGUUCAGUGAAUCUCGGGAGUCAGACUCAACCAGGGCUUCGCCCAGGGCUUGUAUCCCAAAAUUCUCCCAGUCUGGUGCAUCCCGGGAGUCAGACCCCAUCAGGCCUUCGCCCAGGGCUUGUAUCCCAAAAUUCUCCCAGUUCAGUGUAUUCUGGGAGUCAAAAUCAACCAGGCCUUCGUCCAGGGUUUGUAUUCCAAAAUCCUCCCAGUCAGGUGCUUUCUGGGAGUCAGACCCAGCCAGGGCCUCGCCCAGGGUCUGCAUCCCAAAACUCACCUGGCUUGACCCCUGCUGGUGCUCACCCUCCAGCAGGAUUCCUGCGCCCAGGAUCUCAGCUCCCAAACCAGCCAGGAAUGGCCCAGCCCAGUUUUCUCUCCAGCUCCCAAACUGGGCUCCCGAGCCACACUGGGCUGGUCCCUCCCGGCCAUCCCAGUCCGGCUUUAGUGCGCCCGGGACUCUCAUCCUGGCCGGGUUUGAUCAGCUCUGGACUCCAGCCUGGAUUGCUGCAUCCCGGGAUCCACAAUCCGCUCCAGCCCACGGCACUCUUCUACCCUUCGGGAGGGGCAGGAACGCAGCUGACACGGGAGCAGUGCCAGGUGCCGGUGGGCCGGAUGCCGUGCGUGGCUCCGCAGGGACGGGAUGGGUGCGUCCAGGCGGGAUGCUGCUACGACGACACGGAUCGUGCCACGCCCUGCUACUACGGGAACACGGCCACCGUGCAGUGCCUGCGGGAGGGGCAGUUUAUCCUGGUGGUGCCGCGGGGAAUGGCCGUGCAGCCCUACAACCUGGACAGCGUCCGGCUGGCCGGGAGCCAGGCGGGAUGUGAGCCCUUCCGCGUCACCGAGAGCUCCGUCAUGUUCCGCUUCCCGGUCACGCACUGCGGGACCACUGUGCAGGUGAUCGAGGACCGGCUGAUCUACGAGAACCAGUUGAUCUCCACCAUCGAUGUCCAGGGAUCCUCCCGUGGCUUCGUCACCCGGGACAGCGUCUACAUUCUCCAAGCUCGGUGCAUCUACAACGCCAGCGACCUCCUUCCCUUGGGAAUGGAGGUGGCUUGCCCCCCCACGGCCGCUCCGUUGGCAAUGCCAGGACCUCUGGGGCUCCAGCUUCGGAUUGCCACUGAUGAAUCCUACAGCUCCUACCACCCUGUGGGCGACUUCCCCUUGGUGAGGGUGCUCCGGGACCCCAUUUUCGUGGAAGUCCGGCUGCUCCAGAAGACGGAUCCCAACCUGGUGCUGGUGCUCCACCAGUGCUGGGCCUCUCCCGGCUCCAGCGUCGCUUCCCAGCCCCAGUGGCCCAUCCUGGUGGACGGGUGUCCCUUCCAGGGGGAUAAUUACCGGACACGGAUGGUGCCAGUGGGUCCGGCCUCUCCGGAGCUGCCGUUCCCAAGCCACUACCAGCGGUUUGUCAUCUCCACCUUCACCUUUGUGGAGCCUCCCGGGAUGGCCGUGAUGGAGGGAGAGGUGUACAUUUCCUGCAGUGCCUCCGUGUGCCACCUGGCCCAGCCAGAGCCGUGCCGCCCCUCCUGCCAGCUGGGAGCAACCUCACGAGCGCGUCGGUCUCCGGGGAACAGCAGGACGGGCGAUGGAAUGGGAACAGUCACAUCCCAGGGAUGCCUUGUCUUUCCCAAGGUUUCCAAGAGAGGGUGAGGAGCUCCUGCCUCCACACAACACCACUGGAUUUCUCUGGGAAAGCUGGAAAAAUAAACCAGUGCAAAUCACAGCUCUAGAGAUGGUUUAUCCUGGGAGUGGGAGGAAAGUGGAUCCUUUAUCCCUGUUCCCAAGCUG